CCUCCUUAACCAUAGCAAGUUACGCUGAACUGGCAUAGAGGGUUGAGAGUUCGAAUUGCUUAUACUGAAUGCAGCGAAUCUCUCGUCUUCGUCUCUUGCAUGAGAGGGUUUUGAAGAAACACCUUCUUGGCAUCACUAUACUCUGUAGGUAGCUGUGGUCUAGAUGACCAUGUGCAAUAUAUACAACCAUUAUUUCUUCACAUGCUCAUUGCUUCAUCGCGCCGCUCUGACAAUUACAUACGAUAAGUAAUUCCGCGUCAGCCCAGCAGAGUCAUAUUCAGCAUCAGCUCCGCAGCGCUUCGACUCUUCACGUUGCCGCAGCCAAAUCUUUGACGUCGACUGAACGGUUUACUCUUACUCAUGUGACUUGGGGUCACGAAUCUAAUCUCCAAAACUUGAAAGAACACAGCAAGAAUCAAUCGCACAAUUAGGACAUCAGUCUUAAAGGAGUUGAUAUCUUAAUACGAUAUCAUCAUGUCCGCAAUGUUGGGAAGCGUGUCGCGUGCGGCGGGAUCUCCGUCGAAACGCCUGAUCUUGUCGUAUAUCUUUGACUGGUUUAUUAUACUUGGCAUUGCUGCCGUCGCGGGCGGCUUCUCAGCAUGCUCGCCCAACACGCGCCCCUUUUCACUGAGCGACGGAUCUAUAUCCUUUCCACACCUCAAACAUGAGACCGUGUCCACCAGCACAUUAUUCCUAGUGUGUCUCGUUGCGCCCGGAAUCAUCAUUUUCCUCGUAUGCAUGCUAUUCGUCCCUGGCCCAGCAGUGACCAGACAGCUCGCCCACUCCACCAACUCUUCCUCGCGCCACUCACCGUACCUCCGCGCCGUCAUAUGGCGGCGCAAACUCUGGGAAUGGAACGUGGGGUGGAUGGGUCUUGGGCUCUCACUCGCCGUCACGUUCCUUCUCACUGAGGGAAUGAAGAAUCUCUUUGGCAAACCCCGUCCUGAUCUCAUCAUGCGGUGCAACCCGGUCCUCGUGGACGCUGGGCGCUAUGUCGUAUCUGGCGUGGACGGAGGCGCGCUCGUCACAGCAAGUAUCUGUCGUCCGGAUAAACAGUCUACUCUUGAUGACGGCUUUAAGAGCUUUCCCAGCGGGCAUUCAUCUGCAUCGUGGGCAGGACUCAUAUAUCUGACCUUUUUCCUAUGUUCCAAAUUCGCCAUUGCCAUUCCUUUUCUCGCACCCCGGCUUCCGCCCCUCCCGUCCAAUACCACGUCCACUCCUAGGUCAGACAAGCCCUACGCAAACGAUCCCCGCUCCGAAUCUCCCCUGCCCACCGAAUCAACCAACCGGGCCAGUCCCGCAGACAAUGCUUCGUUCGAGAUCCGCAACUCGGCAGCUGCGCCACCCACAUGGGUCCUCGUCGUCAUUGCACUGCCCAUUGGCACGGCCAUAUUCGUGUCUGCCUCGCGGUACUACAACUACCGCCACCACGGCUUCGACAUCCUGUUCGGCUCCAUCAUGGGCUUCGUCGUCGCUUGGUUCGCCUUCAGAUGGUACCAUUUGCCAAUUACCCGCGGCAGCGGCUGGGCAUGGGGCGCCCGCAGCAGAGACCGCGCCUGGGGCAUCGGCGUGGGUGUACAGGGAUAUGUCGGUCCCGAGGGAUGGGAUUCUGCGUCGAGUGCAGGACAUUCUCCGGAGAGAAAGACUGCCGUAAAUGGCGAUGGUACCGGUAAUGGUACUCGUGGCAGUACUGGUGCUGGUCCUAGUGCAGUAGACCCUGAUCUCGAGAGCGGCUUACAUUUGGAUGGCGCCGCGGAUGAUGCUGCGCGACCAAGUCUCCCCGAGCACUAAUGAAUUCAGUCUGUCAAUCGAGGACCAGUGGACUAUCCAGAACCUGUACAUUCCUACAGGCUGCAGGGCCGCACAUUGUAUAAUUGUUAUUUCAUUUCAGUCUUGUACUGCUUGACUUGCACUUGGUCUAAUCACUAAUCCAAUAUACCUAGUUCCCAGCGUAGGCUCGAUUCUUUAUUUGAUAUUAAUUUGAUACUUGUGACUUCUUAAGAGUCAAGACAAUGCUAUUUUCACAUCUACUCUUGUCAGAUAUUAGUCCGGGAACGUAGAUACAAACAACUCGACUGCUCAAGCAGGAGAGUCAAUAUCAAU